CUCGUGGACACGCGCAGACGCUCAUCCUCAUUUGCGUGUUUCUUCCUUGAGACGAUAGGCGGCGGGCUUCAAUUUUGAAAGGCGCUCGUGCUGGGUUCCGGUCGCGCGUGAGCUCAGCUGGAUCAUCAGGUGGUCGCGGAUGCGUCCACAGGUGUCGGGUUUCAGAACAGCGGUCAGCACCGCGCCCUGCCUCCCCGCGCACCAUUUCCUGCCCCCCUCCCGCGGGGACCGAAGCCGCCUCCUUCCUCUGGUGAGCAGCUCCUGAGAUUUCUCCCUCUGGGGGGGCUCCCUGCGAAGCGGCUCGGCAUCAUUUGCCCCCCCCCGCCAGAACAGCAGGUGUAAUCACCUAAAAAAGCAGCAUGUUGGAUCCGUCUUCCAGCGAGGAGGAAGGGGAUGAAGUCCUCGAGGUGGAGCGCAAAGAGGCGCCAAAGAGCGGCGGGGCUGCGCGGUUGUCGCCGGCCCGAGGAGCCGACGGCCGCGGCGGCGCGGGGGUGCAGUCUCGCGGCCGCGGGGCCCCCUCCGCCCGCCCCAUAAGCCCGAGCCCGUCGGCGGGCAGCGACAAGGAGAAGGAGGACCUGGAGAAGAUGCAGAGGGAGGAAGAGGAGAGGAAGAAGAGGCUCCAGCUGUACGUGUUUGUGAUGCGCUGCAUCGCCUAUCCGUUCAACGCCAAGCAGCCCACGGACAUGGCCCGGAGGCAGCAGAAGAUCAGUAAACUGCAGCUGCAGACCAUCAAGGAUCGUUUUCAGGCUUUCCUCAACGGAGACACUCAGAUUGUGGCUGACGAGGCCUUCAUCAAUGCAGUCCAGAGCUACUAUGAGAUCUUCCUGAAGAGCGACCGCGUGUCCCGGAUGGUGCAGAGCGGCGGCUGCUCGGCCAGCGACUCCCGGGAGGUGUUCAAGAAGCACAUAGAGAAGCGCGUGCGCAGUUUGCCCGAGAUCGACGGCCUCAGUAAGGAGACGGUGCUGAGCUCUUGGAUGGCCAAGUUCGACACCAUCUACCGAGGCGAAGAAGACCCCAGGAAGCUCCAGCAGAGGCUGACGGCCAGCGCCGCCUCCGAACUCAUCCUGAGCAAGGACCAGCUGUACGAGAUGUUCCAGGGCAUCCUUGGCAUCAAGAAGUUUGAGCACCAGCUCCUGUAUAAUGCCUGCCAGCUGGAUAACCCAGACGAGCAGGCAGCUCAGAUCCGCAGAGAGCUGGACGGCCGGCUGCAGAUGGCAGAUCAGAUCGCUCGGCUUGGAGGACGGUUCCCACGAUUUGCCUCCAGAGAGAUGGAAGCCAUGUUCAUUGAGGAGCUGAGGUCCUCAGUCAACCUGCUGAUGGCCAACCUGGAGAGCAUGCCGGUGUCCAAAGGAGGAGAGUUCAAGCUGCAGAAGUUAAAACGGGGCCACAACACCUCCAUCAUGGACAUGGGUCAGGAGGACGAGAGCACCCUGUCCAAGUCUGACGUGGUGCUGUCUUUCACUCUGGAGGUGGUGAUCAUGGAGGUGCAGGGGCUGCGGUCGUUGGCUCCCAACAGGAUCGUCUACUGCACCAUGGAGGUGGAGGGGGGGCACAAACUGCAGACAGACCAAGCUGAAGCAUCCAAACCCACUUGGGGCACCCAGGGGGACUUCACCACCACCCAGCCGUUACCUGCAGUGAAGGUGAAGCUGUUCACUGAGAGCACUGGGGUUCUGGCGCUGGAGGACAAGGAGCUGGGCAGAGUCGUCCUUCAUCCAACACCCAACAGCGCCAAACAGUGCGAGCUCCACAAGAUGAGCGUCUCCAAAGGAUGUUCAGAUGAGCUCAAGAUCAAACUGGCCAUCCGUAUGGACAAACCCCAGAACAUGAAGCAUUGUGGGUACCUCUGGGCCAUCGGCAAGAACGUGUGGAAGAGAUGGAAGAGGCGGUUCUUCGUGCUUGUUCAGGUGAGUCAGUACACCUUUGCCAUGUGCAGCUAUAGAGAGAAGAAGGCGGAGCCUGUGGAGCUUCUUCAGCUGGAUGGUUACACCGUGGACUACACCGACCCGCAGCCAGGUCUGGACGGCGGUCGGACCUUCUUUAACGCCGUCAAAGAAGGAGACACUGUGAUCUUUGCCAGCGAUGACGAACAGGACCGGAUCUUGUGGGUGCAAGCCAUGUAUCGGGCCACGGGUCAGUCCCACAAACCGGUGCCGCCCACCCAAGUCCAGAAACUCAACUCCAGGGGGGGCACAGCGCCACAGCUGGAUGCCCCUAUAUCUCAGUUCUAUGCUGAUCGCGCGCAGAAACACGGCAUGGACGAGUUCAUCUCAGCAAACCCCUGCAACUUUGACCAUGCUUCACUGUUUGAGCUUCUGCAGCGCCUCACGCUGGACCACAGGCUCAACGAUUCCUACUCCUGUCUGGGCUGGUUCAGUCCCGGUCAGGUGUUCGUCCUGGACGAGUACUGCGCUCGCUACGGCGUUCGAGGCUGCCAUCGCCACCUGUGCUACCUGAGCGACCUGCUGGAGCGGGCAGAGAACGGAGCCAUGAUUGACCCCACCCUGCUUCAUUACAGCUUUGCCUUCUGUGCCUCCCACGUGCAUGGAAACAGCUCCUGUUCGUCUUUCAGGCCUGAUGGUAUCGGCACAGUGACCAUAGAGGAGAAGGAGCGCUUUGAGGAGAUCAAAGAGAGGCUGCGGGUGCUCCUGGAGAAUCAGAUCACACACUUCAGGUACUGCUUUCCGUUUGGACGGCCGGAAGGAGCUCUCAAGGCAACCCUGUCUUUGCUCGAAAGAGUUUUGAUGAAAGAUAUCGUCACUCCCGUCCGACAAGACGAGGUGAAAACUGCCAUCAGGGAGUGUCUGGAGCAGGCCGCGCUGGUCAACUACCAGCGACUGUCAGAGUACGCCAAACUAGAAGGGAAAAAGAGAGAGAUGUAUGAGCAUCCUGUCUUCUGCUUGGCGUCUCAAGUGAUGGAUUUAACCAUUCAGAACGUGGGCCGCCUGGUCACGCCCGCCAAAAAACUGGAGGACACCAUCCGCCUGGCAGAGCUGGUGAUCGAGGUCCUGCAGCAGAACGAGGAGCACCACGCCGAGGGAAAAGAGGCCUUCGCUUGGUGGUCAGACCUGAUGGUGGAGCACGCCGAGACCUUCCUCUGUCUGUAUUCAGCCGACAUGGACGCCGCCCUGGAGGUGCAGCCACCUGACAGCUGGGACAGUUUCCCGCUCUUCCAGCUCCUCAAUGACUUCAUGCGGAUAGACUAUAACCUGUGCAAUGGGAAGUUCCACAGACACCUGCAGGACCUGUACGCGCCGCUGGUGGUGCGGUACGUGGACCUGAUGGAGUCGUCCAUCGCUCAGUCCAUCCACAGGGGCUUUGAGCGGGAAACCUGGGAACCUGUCAAUAACGGCUCUGGAACAUCGGAGGACCUCUUCUGGAAGCUGGAUGCUCUGCAGACCUUCAUCAAAGACCUUCACUGGCCUGAAGAGGAGUUCGGCAAACACCUGGAGACUCGGCUCAAGCUGAUGUCCAGCGACAUGAUCGAGUCCUGUGUGAAGCGGACCCGGGCAGCGUUCGAGGCCAAGCUUCAGAGGAGCAGCCGCACCACAGACUUCCGCGUGCCUCAGUCCAUCUGCACCAUGUUCAACGUGAUGGUGGACGCCAAGGCGCAGUCCGCCAAGCUGUGUACUGUGGACCUCGGGCAGGAGUUUGUUAGACAGUGGAGGCAGUACCACUCCCAGAUCGACAAUCUCAUCGAGGAGACGGUCAAGGAGAUGAUAACUCUGCUGGUUGCCAAGUUUGCCGUGAUUCUUGAGAGUGUGUUAUCCAAACUCUCCAGAUAUGAUGAAGGAACGCUCUUCUCCUCCUUCCUGUCUUUUACAGUGAAAGCUGCUUCCAAGUAUGUAGACGUACCUAAGCCGGGGAUGGACGUUGCUGACAGCUACGUGACGUUUGUCCGUCACUCCCAGGACAUGCUGCGGGAGAAAGUCAACGAGGAGGUGUACGUAGAGAGAAUAUUUGAUCAAUGGUACACCAGCACCAUGAACCUGAUAGGAACGUGGCUGACUGACCGGAUGGACCUGCAGCUGCACGUUUACCAGCUCAAGAUACUCAUCAGGAUUGUUAAAAAAAAGUACCGGGACUUCCGCCUGCAGGGUGUGCUGGACUCCACGCUGAACAGUAAGAUGUACGAGACGGUGAGAAACCGCCUCACCCUGGAGGAGGCCACGGCGUCAGUGAGGGAAGGAGGGAUGCAGGGCAUUUCCAUGAGGGACAGCGAUGAAGACGAUAACGUUAACUAGAUCCAACGGCUCCACGAUUGUUUUUCGGGGGGUGGGGGUGAGCUUGAGUACUGCCUGAGAACCGCGCAGCCUUUUCCUGAGCUCAGAUUGUUGUAACUGGUUUCUUCCUGCAUUUGGACUCUGUUGUACCUUCACGUUUCUGUCAGAGGUAGUAGAGACAGUGAAUUUCUUGUGUCUGUAAACCUCAGUCUGUCACCGACGAUGACCAAGCUUUACCUCCAUGACUACUCUCCCCGCUCUGGUUAGGGGGGGGGGGCAUGGGAACGCUGCAUUCAAAUGUGUAGCAUGUCUGAAGCUACAGAGUUCUUCCCCGGACACAAACAGCAGACUCUACUGGUAGCAAUGGUGACGAUGCAGAGGAUGGAAGCAGAGCUGAGCGGGCCGGCAGCUCCUGGACCGUCUGUCCAUGUCCCAGCACGCUGCUGCAAACUAAAACGGGGGAGAAGCACGUUUUCUUUGUCAACCCCUCUGCGCCGCUAAUGACACCAAACACCACCACAGAGCGUCACUCACAACCAACAUCCUGGUCUCUAGAUCUUACAUGCACCCUCCACCCCCCAGAGCAUGGACCCAAAAGUUAGAACAAACCCACAAGAAGGUUUAGAAUUAUCUGGAAAAAAAGCUUUUUUUCUGCCUGAAUGCCUGAAAAUGAUGAAGUUAAAUUUAGUCAUUCUGUGAUUCAAUAUGUUAGUUUAUGGAGCAAAUCUGUUGAGUGUUUCUCAUCAUCUGUAAACUCCAUACAUUUUAAGAGUUUGUUGUUGGAUUCUGUGGUUGAUGUGAUGCUUUAAUGUUGCACAUUAAACAGUGAAAGAAAGUUGCACUGAAGUUAGCUUCUGAUGUGACGGUUAAGGGUGAAGUUGACGGGAAAUGUGUUCAUCAUGUAACAAAUUAUAUAACCUAAAGACUAGUUAACACCUCAAAUGGGUUUGAUAACUGCAGUUUAUGUUUGGCUGGAAUUAUGACACCAAGUCUUUCAUAUAUCGGAAUGGAGCUGUGAAAGAAAAAGCCUGGAGCAAGAUUUAUGAGACAACUUCAACAUUUUGCACCGAUUCUCUUCCAACUGUAGGUGGCGAACAUGCGCUGGUAAACAACAAAUAAAAGAAAAAGCCCUUCCCUGCUUGUCCAGUGUGAACACCAUGGGCUAAAUGCAUCAAAUGCCCGGUGUGAGCGCAGCUUAAGACUGCUGCUUUAGCAAACUAAUCUGAACUGAUGCAAGUCUGUCAGUUUGUUUGAAAGAAUAUUUCUGUCAGCUCUCAAAAAAUAUAAUUAAAAAAUAAAAUAAAGAGUUUUGAGUUCUUGUCUCCCAUUUCCAGCACUGUCAAAACUAUUAAUCUGAAGUAAAGAGAAAAAAAUGAUCAUAAAUGUAAAGAUAGCUUAACACUAGUGUUAUUUAUUAAACAUUCGUAAUACUUUCUGGAAUAAUGUAGGACAAGUUUAAAAUCAAUUAAAUCUUUAUGUAAAUAAGUAAUAAUCAAAUCAGAAAGAUUUUGUUUCUAGACUUUCCUAAAGUAAAGCUGCACUGACGUUAACGUCUUCUUUACGAUGCUCCCACACAUGAGGAUACUACCAUUAAAAAGGUACAAAAGAAUAGCUGGUAGGAGUGAAACUGUCUAUACUUUAGAGAGCACUCCACUUAAAAUGUGACAUGGCAAAAUUGAAUUUCUUUGACUUUUUUUUUUUUUUUUUAAUAGCCCAGGAAAUGUAUUUAUCUGAAGGCCCCACAUUUUAUAAAAGUUCCGACAGAAAACUUAAUUUCACUCAAGAGUCCAAAAUGUUUGCAUGAAACUUUCUUGUCUUUGUGUUGUUAAAUACCAAGCUUGGGUGGAUGUUUAUGUGAAAAUAUGUGAGGAAGUUUUAUAAAUGACCCCCCCCCUCCAACCGCCCGGCCCGCCCAGCAGCAUCUCCAGGUCCUGUUCAGGUAAAUGUUGCUGUUUGCUUGAGCUAAGGCUCCGAUUUCAGCCGGUCCCUCUGGGUUUGUGCGUCACAGACAUGUUUGUGUGCUCUGUACUUCCUGCUCGGAUGUGAUCAUCCACAUUUGAUGGGACCCCCCCCCGCACACACACCCAAGAGCCUGUAGUUUCCUUUUGUCAGCCCUUUUCUAUGCUGCAGCUGUGCACGUGCUGCAUGUACCUGCUGUUCACUCCGUGUUUUUGCUCCGUGUGUGAAGCCACUGUCGGGUCAUCCGGGAAAAACCUGCAUCUCCAAGAAUAUUCCAAUAAAAGGUGAAUGGUG